CAACCACGAGGAGUCCAAGGAGGAAAAAGCGGAGCAUAGGCGCCUAUAACCCACGCCUCCCACGCCUUUUCCAGCCCGAGAUCGCCCAGGCAGGGAUGGGCGUCAAGAUCUGGCUGCCCUUCCCGGUGGUCCUCUUGGCCUCUCAGCUGCUGCCUGGGGCGGCCGGCUUCACGCCCUCCUUAGACAGCGACUUCACGUUCACUCUUCCGGCCGGCCAGAAGGAGUGUUUCUACCAGCCCAUGCCCCUGAAGGCCUCGCUGGAGAUCGAGUACCAAGUUUUAGAUGGAGCAGGAUUAGAUAUUGAUUUCCACCUUGCCUCUCCAAAAGGAAGAACCUUAGUUUUUGAACAAAGAAAAUCAGAUGGAGUUCACACGAUAGAGACUGAAGGCGGUGACUACAUGUUCUGCUUUGAUAAUACAUUCAGCACCAUUUCUGAGAAGGUGAUUUUCUUUGAAUUAAUCCUGGAUAAUAUGGGAGAACAGCAAGAACAAGAGGACUGGAAGAAAUACAUUACUGGCACAGAUAUGUUGGAUAUGAAACUGGAAGACAUUCUGGAGUCCAUCAACAGUAUCAAGUCCAGACUAAGCAAAAGUGGUCAUAUCCAAACUCUGCUUAGAGCAUUUGAAGCUCGUGAUCGAAACAUACAAGAAAGCAACUUUGAUAGAGUAAAUUUCUGGUCUAUGGUUAAUUUAGUGGUAAUGGUGGUAGUGUCAGCCAUUCAAGUAUAUAUGCUGAAGAGUCUAUUUGAAGAUAAGAGGAAAAGUAGAACUUAAAACUCCAAAGUAGAGUACUUAACAUUCAAAAAAAGGGGCAGAAAAAUGCAAUAAACUGUUACAGUCA